GGAUUUUAAACUCCACGUUUCCACCGCACAGUAGUUUGUUUGUGCCGUCGCACAAUACGAGUAACCGGAAAGCGGACAUCGAGGGGGGUAUAUUUCAUUUACCACCACUCAAGCCGGGCAUGCAUCCGUGAAACUGAAAUGGCAAAAGAGAAGCAACAUGAAGUAAAGACGGACAAAAAACUCGAAAACACCCCAGAACAGAAAACCGCCGCCGAGGACACAAAAGAAAACCAACCGGCUUCAAGUAAGAAGGACUGCACAAGAAAAGCACAGUCCAGUUUCCAGAGUCUGCAUGGUCCCGGCAAACCCCGAUUGCCUCUGAGUGACACGUCAAGCAUGUUGAUUCAGGACGGCAACGCAUCAGACGUCAAUCAUGUGGAAGCUGCGUCCAAUGUCAAGAAAGACAUCCCUAAUGAGCUCCAAUCUACUGUAUGUGAAGCCAAAGUGGGCGGGGCCGAGCGGGACGACCGCGUGUCGAAAGAAGUCUCGCAUCAACCUCAGCAAAAAGAGUUGACGACUCGCUUAAACGUCACCCCUGUGGGAGACCGUAAGGCGUCGCCACCCAAAUCCCGCAGUCGGAACCCUCGCAAGGUCAAAGGGAAAAAGACGGAGAAUAACGCUACCCAAAACAGGAAGGUGACAGACUUCUUUCCCAUCAGGAGAAGUCAUAGAAAAACUAAAGGAGAGCUCAAGAAUGAAGAGCACAAGCACUUAGACGACCUCAUAAAGAACGGCGUCGAGGACGGAAUGCAGGUGCGAGUGAUCGAGGGCAAAGGUCGAGGUGUGUUCGCGUCCCGAGCCUUCACCAAGGGCGACUUUGUGGUGGAGUACCACGGCGACCUGCUGGAACUGGCCGAGGCCAAGCAGCGAGAGGCCCGCUACGCUCAGGACCCCCGAACGGGCUGCUACAUGUACUACUUCCAGUACCACUCCAAAACUUACUGCGUGGACGCCACCGAGGAGACGAGCCGCCUGGGGAGACUCAUCAACCACAGCAAGGCGGGCAACUGCCAGACCAAACUGCACGCCAUCGACAGCGUCCCUCACCUCAUCCUGGUGGCGUCCAGAGACAUCCAGGCCGACGAGGAGCUGCUCUACGACUAUGGAGACCGCAGCAAGGCGUCCAUCUUGGCUCACCCGUGGCUCAAGCACUGAAUACUUUGCAUGGAUACUAACCGGUACUUUUUUUUUUUUUUUUGUCACAUGCGGGGGAAAAUCUUAUGAAUUUCCUUCCAAUUUACAUUUUUUUAAAUGACUUGUAAAAAAAAAAUGGAAUGUGCAUUUUUUUGCAAAUUUUAAUCCUGUUAUUGGGUUUUUUUUACAACUGCUUAUGAAACUGUAGCCUCCACAAUCAUGAAUAUGGAAGGUUACAUGUCUUCUAACACGGCCACGUGUGUAAAUUAUGAACUGUGCUGUACACUUCGGAAUAAAAAGACACUAUGAGCAGAAAUGUGCAGUGGCUGAUAUUCAU